UUAAGCAACGUGUUACAGGUCAAAUGGUUUAUAUGGAAAAUUGGCGAAUGAUAAUGUUCCUGGGCACUCCAGUAAUGCCGGAUCUCACGUCCCUUAUCACAACUGGACUCUACAUUAACGAUCUGUCCAUGCACGACUUCAGCAGAGAUCUCAUGCUGGCAGGCACACAACAAUCCGUGGAACUGAAAUUAGCCUUGGACCAGGAGCAGCAAAAGUCCAAGAAACUGGAGGAGUCUAUGCGAAAGCUGGACGAGGAAAUGCGACGCACCGAUGAGCUCCUAUAUCAAAUGAUACCCAAGCAGGUGGCGGAUCGUUUGAGACGCGGCGAGAAUCCCAUAGAUACCUGUGAGAUGUUCGACAGUGUGUCCAUAUUAUUCUCGGACAUAGUUACGUUUACGGAGAUUUGCAGUCGCAUUACGCCCAUGGAAGUGGUAUCGAUGCUGAAUGCCAUGUACUCAAUCUUCGAUACGCUCACCGAGCGCAAUUCGGUCUACAAGGUGGAAACAAUUGGUGAUGCGUACAUGGUAGUGGCUGGAGCACCCGACAAGGAUGCGAAUCAUGCCGAAAGAGUCUGUGAUAUGGCGCUGGAUAUGGUUGAUGCCAUAACCGAUCUGAAGGACCCUUCGACGGGACAGCACUUGAGAAUUCGCGUGGGCGUUCAUUCGGGCGCAGUUGUCGCCGGCAUUGUGGGCCUGAAAAUGCCACGGUAUUGCCUGUUCGGCGACAGCGUUAAUACCGCCUCCCGAAUGGAGUCCACCAGCAUCGCCAUGAAGGUGCACAUAUCAGAGUCCACAAAGGUGCUGAUUGGACCCAGCUACAAGAUACUCGAGCGCGGCGAGAUCGAUGUCAAGGGCAAGGGCACCAUGAAGACCUACUGGCUGGAGGACCGUGAGAAUCGCCUGCCGCUGCAGCUCACCUCUGGACUGCAGCUGAAUCCCAUGUCCGCGGCACCGCCGCUUACACCCAUACCCAAGGCCAUUCUGCCUUCGUCCAAGCCACAGACACCCAAUGCAGCGCCGUCAACCGAAGCACCGCCGGCGGCUAUGUCGAAUGUGGUGUUGGGAGCAAGCGGUGCCUUGGUGGCUGCCUCGGCUCUGACUCAUCAUGCUGGAGGCACCGGAACGUCUGCAGCUGAUGAGCGGAGCAGUCGCAUCUACUCGCCGGUUACUUUUAAGGACGUGGCCAGGAGAAGCAUCGCCAAUUCACCAGUGCGGACGAGCGCCUGCUAUCCAGAGCAGAAUAAGCGCCGCGAAUCCCGUUCCAAUUCCACUGGUCACGUUUUCAUGCGCUCGCCCAGCGACAUCUUCGGCUCGCUUAUACUCGACACUGAGGAGUUUCUCGAGGACUUGCAGAGCUCCCGAGGUCCACUCACCGGCAAUAGCAACAAUAACUGUGAGUCGCCAUGUGGCUUCAGUAGUCCCACGCCGCCCUUCCGCAUCGGCAGUGCGCCGCCCAAGCCACGUCCCAGUAAUCCGGACAAGUUUACGCCCGAGGAGCUGGCCGCCAUGGAUCAACUAACGCCUCCCUCAACUGCGCCGGCACGCGAAUCGGCCACAUGCAGCAGUGCAAGCAUAAAGCCCUCCACAUCCAACGCAUCUCUGGAGCGGGACAAGACCACUAAGUUGAAAAAAAUCACAUUUUCCACCAGCACCACACUGGAGGCAAUCAAUGUGCCUAUUGCGAUGACAGCCAAGGACGCCUGUGUGGCUUCAGGUGCUCCACCUGAUGGAGCUUCAAUUUCCAAAGUUUGUCCUAUGCGCCGCAGCACGUCGCCGCCGAACGUGCUAGGCACAGCGCCAGCCGCGGUGCAAGCGAGCAGCGGCAACAGCCGACCUGGUAGUAAGGAUUCGAUGUCAUCUAUCUCUCUGCAUUCACCUCCACCACAUCGUUCCAGCUCUGCGCCAGCCAGACCCCAUUCCAUGUCAAAGGCAGCGCGAAAAGCUUUCCUCGCUGCCAAGCAGACAAAGGCCAUGGAGAAGCUGGAUAAGAUGAUUGAGGAAGCGCAGGAAGUGGAGUCACAGUCGGUGGCCAAAGCGGCCAACGUGCGUCUUGCCAUUUUUGGACAUGACGGCGGUGGCGACGAUCCGACUGCAGGCGGCUGUCCACUAUUUCUGCCACCCCCACCUGCACAGUCACUGGGUCGCAUGAUGCCGAGCUCCAUAUCCGACUCGAGCAUUUGUAAUCAUGGACAUAGUCAUGCGCCCAGCUGCCAUCAUUCGCUGCACGAGCCAAAGAUGAGCAAUAGCCAGAGUUUCCAGCACGCACGCAGAUCGGGUCCCAUUACUCACCAGUGCUGCAGCGGAUUCGGAGGCCAUGGCAACGGCAGACACUCGCAUCGCAUGCACUCCAAUGCCUGCAACCUGCUGUAGACCUCUCGAACAGGGAAAUCUCUGACUCCCCGUCAUAUCGUCUCUAUGUCAAUGUGCUUUUCUAGAGUAUAGUCAGCAAUUAUAAGCUCUUAAACUAUGGUUGGUUAACUGUUCAUUCUCAUACA